AAAACAGAGCGGGAAGGCGUGACGAAUCCCACAGCAGCUCAGUGUGGAAGCUUUGCCUUUACUCACCUCCUCUUCUCUCUAUCUAGGGCGCAUUUCUCCCUCCCGUGCUCUGUCUCGCCUCUCAUCGCCGUUACAGUUAUGGCACCACCUACAGAGCAGUCAGAAAAACUCCCUGUUUUCAAGAAGCUGCCUCUUAAUGAAAGGAUACUCUCUUCCAUGACUAGGAAAAAUGUUGCUGCUCAUCCUUGGCAUGAUCUUGAGAUAGGACCUGGAGCUCCAAAGAUCUUCAACUGUGUGGUCGAAAUAAGUAAGGGAAGUAAGGUGAAAUAUGAACUUGACAAGAAAACUGGUCUAAUCAAGGUUGAUCGAGUUCUAUACUCAUCUGUUGUGUACCCUCAUAACUAUGGCUUCAUACCCCGCACACUCUGUGAAGACAGUGACCCAAUGGAUGUAUUGGUCAUUAUGCAGGAGCCAGUUCUUCCAGGAUGCUUUCUCAGAGCUAAAGCUAUUGGCCUCAUGCCUAUGAUUGAUCAGGGAGAGAAAGAUGACAAGAUAAUUGCUGUCUGUGCUGAUGAUCCUGAAUACCGUGAUUAUACUGACAUUAAAGAGCUUCCGCCCCAUCGCUUGGCUGAAAUCCGUCGUUUUUUUGAGGAGUACAAGAAAAAUGAGAACAAGGAGGUUGCUGUUGAUGACUUUCUACCAGCCACUAAUGCAUAUGGAGCUAUACAGCUCUCCAUGGACUUGUAUGCAGACUAUAUCGUGGAGAGUCUGAGGCGCUGAUUUUCCCAUCUGUCGUGGGGAGAUAAUUUUCCGACUAUACUGACAUUAAAGAGCUUCCGCCCCAUCGCUUGGCUGAAAUCCGUCGUUUUUUUGAGGAGU